UCCACUUCAAUGCAUCUUUUACACUAAAAUAGUUUUUCAACAAUAACAUAGCAGAAAAGAAAUGACACACAAAAUUGUUUUGUUUCUCCUACCUUUUCUCCUGCUCUUGUUGAUUAAUGGGCAAGGAAGCUCUGCUCGAUAUAUGAAACUUGAGCAAGAGAAUGUAGAAGAAAAACACGCUGAUCAGCCUUACCUUGAUGGUUGGCUCAAAAAUCCAUUGAGGAAUCAAAAACUCACCCAUGACUCUAACCAAGUUUAUCUUGAUGGAUGGUUGAAAGAUACCCGAUCUGAGAGAGCGAAAUCCAUCUCUGACUCCAACCAAGUUUACCUUGAUGGAUGGUUGAAAGAUGCCCGAGCUGAGAAAGUCAAAUCCACCUCUGACUCCAACCAAGUUUAUCUUGAUGGAUGGUUGAAAGAUACCCGAGCAAAGCAAACAAAAUCCACCCCUGACUCCAACCAAGUUUACCUUGAUGGAUGGUUGAAAGAUAUCCGAGCUGAGAAAGUAAAAUCUACAUCUGACUCCAACCAAGUUUACCUUGAUGGAUGGUUGAAAGAUAUUCGAGCUGAGAAAGCGAAAUCCACCCCUGACUCCAAACAAGUUUACCUUGAUGGAUGGUUAAAAAAUACUCGAAACUAGUUCAUAUCUUUGUUUGUCAAUGUCUAUGUCAUUCAGAAAACUUAUGUUUUUAACUUCUAUGUACUGCAAGAUCUUAUUCCUAUGUACUAGGUAAGGUCUCGUUUAUGUGCUUAAUGAGCUAUUGUUACUAUGAACUAAAUGUUUGUCUUUUAAAAUAAACCUUAAUUUAAUUCGAUAAA